AUGAUCUACGUUCAGAUCGCGAAAAGCAGCUAUUCUGAUCAACAAUCCCAAAAGCGCAUUCGCAGCUGUGAGCGUAAUCUUAAAAGAACUAUCCCCCACAUCCCUCUCCCCUCUUUUGUUGCCCAUCCUUCCAAAGGCGGUUUCCCCUCAUCUCCACCCUGCAUCCCCUCAUUUCCCCAUCUGCUUCGCCUCAUUCCCCCUCCUGCUUCCCCUCAUUUACCCCCCUUCUUCCCCUCGUUUCCCCCUCUGCAUCCCCUCAUUUCCCUCCUGCGUCUCCUCAUUUCCCCCCCUUCGUCCCCUCAUUCCCCCCCCUGCUUCCUCUUGUUUCCCCCCUCCCUCUUCUCCCCUUUGCUUCCUCUCAUUCCCCCCCCUUUCUUCCCCUCGUUUCCCCCCCUGCUUCCCCUCGUUUCCGCCCCUGCUUCCCCUCGUUACCCCCCUGCUUCGUAUCAUUUCCCACCCCCUGCUUCCCUUCAUUCCCUUCCCUGUUUCCCCUCAUUUCCCCCCCCCCCCUUGCUUCCCCUCGUUACCCCCCCUGCUUCCUAUCAUUUUCCCCCCGUGCUUCCGCUCAUUCCCAUCCCUGUCUUCCCUAAUUCCGCCCCCAUGCUUCCCCUCAGUUCCCCCCCUGCUUCCCCUCAUUUUCUCUUCCGCUUCCCCUCGUUACUCCCCUGUUUCCUAUCAUCCCCCCCCCUCUGCUUCCCCUCAUUCCCUUCCCUGUUUCCCCUCAUCCCCCCCCCCCCCCUCCUCCCUUCCCCUCGUUACCGCUUCCUAUCAUUUGCCCCCCAUGCUUCCCCUCAUUCCCUCCCCUGUUCUCCCUCAUUCCCUCCCCUGUUCUCCCUAAUUCCGCCCCCAUGA